GAAAGCACCUGGCUGCUUCCAGCUCCGGGAGAGACACGCUCCAGUGAGCUUCCCCCGAGCUCCUCUGAGAGACAUGGGAACGCAGAGGCAGCUGCUUUGGACCUUCUUGGGAUGCUGGAUGUGGAUCCUACAUGAGCUGGGGACCACCUUUGCCGUGCCUGCCACCACGGAAGGGCAGCUGACCCAGGACGAGCCCAUGUCCUUUGCAGCAGAAAGCAACGUGCUCCGAGUGGUCAAGCUAGAAACUGCAGACAGAGCUGCCACCUCUGCUGACGCCGGCAAUGGCCCAACGCCAUUUUCUCCUGGGUUUUCCUACCGGGAGGUGAAUAUUGAGAUAACCAGGCUGCCGACACACUCGCAGCUCCCGGAGGCCCACACUGUCAGCUCUCUGCCAGCUGUAUUUGAGCGUGACGUCACCACAAGUGGUGAUGGGGGACAAGGCUCUUUGGGCUCGGGGCCAAGCCCCGGUGUCACAGCGGAGCCCUCUAUAGCAGAAGCCAAAACGUUACCGAGCACGACCAAUUCUUCGCGCUCCUCUCUGGACAACAGGCUGGCAACCACAACGCCAGAUGCAGAAGAAGCAGCCACCACUGCUUUCCCUUUCCCUGGACAAAUAUCCUCUUUGUCCUCCAAGGUGGAGCCGGAUGCAUUCUCCAGCAUCCCUGCUGCUGCUUCUCUCUUCGUAGGCCUCGAUAAAGUUUUCGUAGCGCCUGCCCCGCGGGAGGGCACAGAAGAAGAACUGAUCUCUGCUGCCGGCAAAGCGCCCCUUUCUCCAUCCACCGCGGAGACGGAGCUGAUGGGGGCAGCAGUGGAGGGGACAACUCAUGCUGGAGCUCUCAGCAGGGCAGUACCUCUACCCACGGAUGCAGGCCUGGGAACAACCAAUUUGGCUGUGGGAGCACAGGAAGAGAGCACGGCCUCCAGUGCUGAUGGCCAAAAUGAAGUAGGUGCCUUUACCUGGAGCCCAGACACCAGAAAGGCUACGGAGCCGCUUUUGUGGAGCACAGAAGACCUGGGCGACAUGGAAAGCUCUUUGUGGUCAUCUCUACAGGCGGAGGCAGUGACGGGAGUGCGUGAACCCUUGGGGGAAACUACCCCGUCUACUGCCACCGCUCCUGAUGAAGCCAAGGGCUCGGAAGGAGCUUCAGAGAUGGACAGCACAAAUGAUGCCCCAAAGGCCACAGCUCCUGAACCCACACAGCCAUCAUUGGGGAGCAGGGCAGCCAUAGGAACAUCAGAAAACACAGAGGAAAUGUCCGCCGUUGCCUUUGGUGCUGGGGAGGACGAUACUGUGCCAGCAGGACCUCCUGAUGCUGAAGAAGGGCUCUAUCCACAGGCUUUCUCUAGCACACUCGAACCCAGUCAACCCCCUUCAGACAGCGAGAUGCAUUCAGGACUAGCAGCUACCCAAGGCAGAGGGGAUGACGAUAGCUUGGUGUCCACAGCCAACGAAGGGGCUGUUGGAGACAGCAGUGUCCAGAGUGAAACCCAGCCUGUGCCCCUGGAUGUGGAGCUGAGUCCAGAUAGCACUGCACAGCCCUUGCCAGGGGCCUGGGCCAAUGCUGGAGCGUCCCUCAGGUCCCCGCUGGAGGGCUGGGAAGCAAUUCAUGCCCCAGAGGGAGAAAACUCUGGCCCCACAUCUCCUAGUGAAGCCCCCACCGAGUCGUCCUUUUCAGAGGCUGCAGAUGCAAGAGUCUCCGCAGCUCCUGGGUCCUCCCAGCUGCCUCCAGAUGCUGAGGCGGACGUAGUGCAUGUAACUAAGGAGGGCACGGAGGUGGCCGUGAGCUCUGGCCUUGCAGCUACUGAAACUCAGGAAGCAUGGCUCUCCGGAGCCCGUGGCAGUGGAGCAGCAUUGCUGCCCCAUACCAGCGUGGAGACCUCCAGCUCAGCCUUUGCAGGGAACGAGGAGGCCACCGCAUCCAUCACGGACACCCAGGGUCAAACCAGACCCUCGCCCUCAGGCCCAGCAGUGGGUCCAGCAGAGGUGGCUGCGUCGGAGCUGCCAGCUGGAGGAGCAGGAGCCAUGGCGGCCUCUGAAACUUCCCUCCCUGCAUCCGGAGGGAUUGGGGCAGAGACAGGGGCACCCACGGCAUCAGGAGACGUGUCCCUGUCUCCCAGCGAUGCCCCCGCUGAGACGUCGCUUGCAGAGCCGGCAGGGACAGGAGCUUCCCCAGUCGGAUCCUCCCAUGCUCCUGGUCCCUCCCAACCCUCUCCCACCGUGAUUGCACCUGCUGCUGCAGGGCAGAAGGAGGACUUCCCAAGUGCCAGCCGUGCCGAUGGAGAGGAAACCCCGCUUCCCUCCCCAGCCAUGGAGGCAGAGCCACCUGCUUCAACAAAUGCUUCUGGAGAACCUGAGAACAAAGUAGAAGCCGCGCCGGCCAGCACCGGCCCUGAAUCCACUCAUCCAGCAUUGGCAGGAAGCGAGGAAACCACCACACCCAGCGUGGAGACCCAAUGGGAAACCAAUCCCUUGCUCUCGAACACAGUGGUGGGUCCAGCAGAAACAGGCUCAGGAGAUACAAGAGCCGCAGCUGCCUCUGAAACUUCCCUCCCUUCAUCUCCAGGGGAUGGGGCAGUGCCAGGGGAGGGGUCCCCAGCAUCUUCCAGCGAUGUCCUCGCUGAGCUGUCAACUUCAGGGAAUGGGUUUUCAAGUGCUCCUGGCUCCUUGCAGCCAUCUGCAGUCACUGAGGCCGAUGUAGCAUCGAUCAAAGAGGGCACAGAGGCAGUGGCAAACUCUGGCCUUGCAGCAGCUGCAACUCCCCAGGGAGGACGGAUCUCCGGAGCCCUUGGGGGAGUGACGUUGCUGCCCGAUGCUGGCGUGGAAACCUCUGGAAACAAGGAAGCCACCACCUCCAUCACUGACACCCAGAGUCCAACCAGCCUCUCACCCUCAAAUGCAGCACGAAGCCCAGCAGAGACCAGCACAGGAAAUGCAUCGAAGCUGCUGGUGGCAGGAGCAGGAACCUUGGCUGGCUUGGACCCUUCUCUCCCAUCAUCCUUAGGCGAUGGGGCAGUGAUGGCCACACAACCCCACUCCGGAGACGCGUCCCCAGCUGCCUCUGCUUCUCCUCGCGAUGCCCUGGCUGCAUCCUCCAUUUCAGAGGCAGGAGUCACCCCUCGAGCAGUUUCUAGUGGUGCCGAUUUUUCCCAGCACGAGACCGUUGUGGGCCCUGCAGCUGUGGAGGAGGCCGGGGGCUCUGCUAGCACAGCAGCAACAGCUAGCAACAGGGGAGCAGGAAUAUCCAGCGCAGGUACUCCAAGUGCAGCGAAUGACUCUCCCUUGGGCACAGCGCUGGGUCCAGCAAGCAUGGGAGAAGCAGGCACCUCAGCUGGCACUACAACUCCCUUUGGGUCCUCUCUGGGGGGUGAAGCCUUUGCCCCGGCUUUUCCCAGUGAUGUCCUCACUGAGCCAUCAGCUUCAGGGAUUAAAACCAUAGGAGUUCCCCUAACUGGGUUCUCCAGUGCUCCUGGCUCUUCCCAGCCAUCGGGGGUUGCAGAGGCAGCCAUAGCAUUGAUAACUAAGGAGGCUACAGGGGCGGUGGAGAGCUCUGGCCUUGCAGGUGGGGAAACUUCUCGGGGACCGCAGCUCUCUGGAGCCCUUAGCAGUGGAGCGACAUUGCGGUCUGAUGCGGGUGUGAAGCCCUCCAGCUUGCCCAGUAACGUAGCAUCUGCCCCUAAUGGGUUCUCUAAUGCUCCUACCUCCUCCCAACCGGCUACAGUCACCCAGGCAGAUGCAGGCAUAGAGGAGGCAGCAAGCUCUGGCCGUGCAAGUGCUAAGGAAACCCCCUUUUCUCCAUCUGCUGUGGAGUCCCAGGCUCCCAGCGCAGCAGCAGAAGCACCUCGGGGAGCACAGCUGCCCGGAGCCCAUGGCAGCGGAGUGCCGUCGCUGUCCCAGAUGGGAGGGGAGACCUCCGCAGAUACCAAGGAAGCCGCGACAUCCACGAGCCGCGACGCCCCAAAUCCUUCUUCCUCCUUGGACGCAGAGCUGAACCCGCCAAGCGCAGCAGAGCUGCAAACGGGACACAUGGGGACCUUGGCUAACGCUGGAUCUUCCCCUCCAUCCUCCCUGGACGAUGGGGUGGCCGCAGGAGGUCUCGUGCCAUCAGGAGCAGGGUCCCCAUCCACUCUCGUCUCUUCCAGCGAAACACCCACCGAGCUCUCGGGGCCAGAGACCCAAAAUACAGGCACGGUGGCGGCUGGCAGGUCGGGUGCUCCAGUCCCAACCAGAAAGGAAAUGCUCGAGUCUGCUGCCAACAUCCCUGGGGAAACCGCCACGGCCUCCCCUGCUUCGGAGGCCGAAAAGGAAGGGUCCUCCUCUCUUGGAGGCUUCAGCUCCAUCAAUUCUGCUCCUCCCUUGUCGGAUGGCGAGGGACCGCGCUCUCCUGCGGCUACAGAAGGGAGAGGGGAUAGCGCAGGGCCUGCGUCGGCCGCAGACAAGGGGAACGUGGGAUCCACUGCUGACUCCCAGAGCGAAACAGGUCCAGCAAAUGCUCCAGCAGAAGAAAUGGGGGUCUUGUCCCCAGCUGGGGAGGUCUCUCCAUUGUCUGGAGAUGGGUCAGUGACAGGAGUCCAUGUAUCAUCAGAAGUGUCCUCCUCGGCCUCGGCCUUGGCCAGCAAAACUCCUGCCAAGGCCCCACAGGCUGCAGAGCCGGGACCUUCCUCCACCGGUUUGCUUUCUAGCACCCCGUCCUCCCUGCAGCUUCCCGAGGUGGCAGCUUGGGCAGGCCUGGCUACGACGCCGUUCCCUCUCCCGGUCACACAAGCGCGUGAGGAUGAUACCGGUGCAGGAUUUGCCCGGGGAGGGACAGCGCUGGCCUCGGCUGGGGCUACAGGGUCGGUUGCAGGUGCUACAGGCCAGCCGACCACACCAGCAGUGACCCUGUAUCCGUACGGAGCAAAGGCAAAGGAUAAAGAGUACGUGGAAAAGAGAGUGGAUUUUAACUCCCGCCUCUUCAAACCCGCGAUCGGAUUUCCGUUUGGGAAAACGCUCCGCAACGCUCUCUAUUUUACAGAUAACGGGCAAAUAAUUUUCCCAGCCGCAGACAACGAUGUUUUCCCAUAUCCCAACCCACCGCCUGAAGGGUUUAAUGGCCAUGAAACAGUCCCGAUGGUAGCUGUGUUUUGGGAUAAUGCUGAUUUCUCCAGAGGUGUUGGCACUACCUUUUACCAGGAAUUCAUGACCCUGAACUCUGCCAAGCCUCCGUUCAUUCAAGAUGUGGAAGCGAAGAUUCGGCGAUACGUGGAGACGUUGUACUCGGCCGUGUGGACUCUGAAGAUCACCUGGGUGAAGGCUCCUGCCUACCCUGCAUGGAGGGAUGUCACCAAGACGAACACGUACCAGGCUGUCCUCACCACCGACGGGGUCAAGUCUUACGUCCUGAUCCUCUACCAAGAUGGCAGCAUGCAGUGGGAUUACACCAGACGUCCAGCCACGAAUGUCCUGAUCGGCUACUCCAGCGGGGAUGGAUUUUACCAAAAUGACAACCUGACUCAGAGACCCCCGGCUGCUAAAUAUCGCCCCGACCAGUUCAGCGACUACAGCACAGACCUGCGAGGGCUGCGGAUCUACAGACUGGAGAGCCGCGUGCGUGCCAACUACCGGGUGCGGUGCCUCAGCUGGGCCAGCAAGCAGCAGGAGCCGGGCACGUGGAACAGGGACCUGCCGCCAUGCCCCUGCUCUCUGCAGCAGGGAGAGUUGGACGGCCGCUUCAGACGCAGCAAAGGAGGUUGGCCGGAUGCCCAGGUGACCAUGCUGUAUGCAGCCUCUCCCAACCAGUACGGCGCUGGGGUGCGAUGCCUGUACAGUAAGCAGAACAAGCUCCUCGACGGCCGGCAGGAGAAAUACUGGAAGUAUUCAAGACAAGCGUCACCGUUUCGUGAUCAAGAAUUAAAGCUGCAGGACUGGUGCUGCAACCAGACGGGGAGCCCCCCGUUCUGCGCUCUGUAUGGGCAGAAAAGACCAAAGAUCGGCUGUGAUGGAUACAGGCCUCCAAAUCUCAAACCGGCAGAAACAUCCUCAGAAGAGUUGGGCAGCCGCUCGGAGAAAAGGAAAAGAAAACCGGCAGAAACAUCCUCAGAAGAGUUGGGCAGCCGCUCGGAGAAAAGGAAAAGAAAUCAUAGAACAAGGAAGUCCAACUAAGCCAGGACCCGACCAUCCUUCAAGGGCUCAGUCGCAUCCAACAUCUCUCUGUUGCCAGCUGUUUCUCAACCCAUUGUGCGUGAAAUUUGUUUGACCCGACUUUGCCAGUAAUCUCCAUGAUACAUUUUACUCAAGAGCGUACGUCUCGCUCCAGGACCGUGGUAGCGUUGGCAGAGAUGAACGCUCUUCGCAGGUCUUUCCGAAACAUCCCUUGGAUUCAUGUGAAAAAGCAAUGAUGUAUUUCUUCUUCUCGUGGGACCUCAGUUUCUCCGUCAAAGGCUAACUAGCAAGCGUUCCCUUCUGCUGCUACAAACCCUAUUCGUUCCUGCUCCAGCUGGGUCGGCUCCUGCUGCAUUUGGGAAGUAGGCAGGUCCUUGCAAGCUGCAGAGCACGUUUCCUCUCCUGGGGAAGGGCGUGCUCUUCUGGGAAGACCUUCAACCAGCCUGUCUCCAAGGAGAGCUCUCCUGGCUUCCCCCCAUGCAGGGAUGCAGAGCUCCUGGCCCUCUAGGUAAGGGCAGGGUUGGGUAGUUGACCAGUCAAAUAUCAAUUGAAAGUUGUAAAAAAAAAAUAAAAAAUUGCCAAUAGGUCCAAA